AUGCUCCACUUCGCUCCACAUUCAAAGAAAAAGUAUAAAAAAGAAAUGAACAUAACAGUUGGAAAUACAGUAGUAAAGCCACAACAGUCAGCAAGGUAUCUGAGCGUGAUUUUUGAUCGAAAAUUGCAAUGGCAGGCACAUGUUGAAGAAACAGUUCGCUAUCGAAUAACAUUAAUUCGUUUUCUAGCAAGAGCCACCGGCGAAGCACUCAACACGCAAAUCACACUAAAUUUAUUUAAAACGUUAAUCAGGACAGUAAUAACGUACGGGUCGUCUGCAAUACCAACAGCGGAUGAUAAAACAUGGCAGCGGCUACAAAUAGUACAAAACAAAGGAAUUCGAGCAGCACUAGGUGUCCCAAUCUACACAUCAGUAGAGUACGUGCAUCGAGUAAGUAAAAUCCAAAAGAUUAAACCAUACUCAAUAGAAUUAACUCGUCGCUCACUUGAUCGAGCACUAUAUUACGAAGACAUGAUCACGCAAGAAAACAUUAAUGAUAUAAUAGCCAAUUUUUAG